AGAGAGUAGCUCUUCUUUUUGUAGAUAGAUUUGUAGACCCUUAAAGUUAUUUAUAAACCAAACCAAUGCCUCAAGAAGCCGGAGCAAAUGUGUAAUGCUUUCUUGUGGAAGGGUACUCUGGAUAACGCUAGGGGGGCAAAAGUACGCUGGGAAUCAGUAUGUGCUCCAGCUGGUUUCGUGAUCGUGUGAUCACUUGAGCUGUAAGCCUGCUUGGCAAUUUUAAUUAUAUAUGGAAAUUUAGAGGGAAAAAAAUUUAUUUAUAAACCCUUGUAAAAUGUAUUAUAAGCAUUUAUAAGCCACAAUUAUUUUAUUUUAACUUAUAAAUUCUGUAUUAUUUAUGAAAGAGUUUUCUGAAAAGUUAAUAAAUAUUAAAAUGUUUUAUAUACAAAUAUUAAGUCGUUGUGUUGGUUUCUAUAAAUUGUUUUAAAAAGAUUUUCAUACAUGAUUGUUAAAGUUAAUUGAUGAAAGGUUGUAUACACUUUCCAAUGUUUUAUAAUUAUUUACUAUAAAUUAUUUUGUUUUGGGUGUUUGGCAAUUGCAAUUGUUAAUUUUUGGAUUACUUUUUGAUUAAAAUAAAUAAAAAUAGAAAAUUAUAGUAAGAUUAAGAUAAUCUUUUGAAACUGCACCUAUGAACGAUAAAUAAACAAAAGUUGGUUAAAUGACUUUCGUUUUAAUAUAUAGUAGGAUUUUCGUAAUUAAUGUAAUACUUAUAUUUUAACACCGAUAUAAAAAAAAGAAAAAAAUUGAAAAAAGGAGAUACUUUAAACUUAGGUUUGUCCAAAUCAGUGUUUUUAAAACCGGACCGACCCGAUGGUUGGACCGAGUUCGACCGUGAACCGGUUAUAUAGUCGGGUUGGUCUAGUAAUUGGUUCGACCAUGAACCGGCCACAUAGCCGGAUUAUAUUUCAAAGUUAUUAAACCAAUAAAAACCACUAAAACUAUCGAAAAUCUAUAAACCAUCCAUAUAAACAAGAAACUAAUUUAUAUUUAUAAUAUUUUAUGUUCAAAAUUGAUUUAUAUUUUAACUAUGCAUCAUGUUUACUAAUAUUACUUUUAUAUUUACAUACUAAAAAAAUAUUAAACCAUAUUAUUGAACCAGGUUUGACCCGGUCGAACCAUAUUGAACCGUGACCCAAAAUAUUUCUGGUUCUGCUUCCGGUCCGGUUUUAAAAACACUGGUCCAAAUAAGACUUACUGACGAUUAUUUAGGAAAAUAAGAUUUAGAUUAAUGUUAAUACCAUAAUACCCUUAAACUAACCAAUUUAUCUUAAUUACAAAUUGUAAUAGAAAAUAUUUUCUAAUUGAUUUAAUAUUAAAAAUGAAAAAGUAAAAAACAAAAGUAAAGAAAAAACCCACGAGAGCUACAACUCUUAAGUGGUUUUACCCUAUUUUUUUCACUUUACACGUCUUCUCCACCGUAGCUUCUCAACCCAUGUCAAUGGCAAUUUGGGGUUAUGCAAAAUCCUUGUUCCUUCGUCAGUUUUCAUCCAUUUUUCGUCUCUAAUCUCGUUUUACUCUUCCUCCUCUUCGUUCUCAUACACGAAUCAACGAAUCAGAGAUUUGUUCUUCUUCUUCGGGUUUCGUCCUACGGUCUUGUUCUUCCGCUAGGGGUUUUGUCGGACAGGCCUGUUCUUCCGCAGCUUUUGAUUGGCAAUACUCGAGGAUUCCACAUGAUGGCUCCUAGACCGAGACCAGCAGCUCCUGCACCUACGUAUGCGGAUUUGUUUGGCGAUGGAUCUUCCUCUAGCGGUCCAUCGUCUUCUUCCGGGACAGUUCCGGACUCUCACACAUCUCGGAGAGUUUUUUCUUUAUUUUAUUAUUAACUCUAAAUACGUUUUUAUAUAUAUACAUAUAGGUGGCUCCUAGAAAGAAGGGAAGGACGGUCGGAAUAGGUUCCGUUAACGAAGUUGCAAGGGCGACUUCGUCAUACUAUUCGAGACGGGACCAGGACAACGACCGGAUGCAGGCUCGCAUGGAUACCCAGCAGCAGCGUUUGGACUCUCUCGAGGGUUUGCUGGAUGUGAUGGCGAUGGGAAAUCCAACUUUGCAGAGAGCUUUGGCGGAGAGACGAGCAGCUCUCGGGAUGAGCCAGCCGGAUCCCGAAGCAGGAACGUCUACAGACCCGAACCCCUCAGCCAACUACUUCGAUGACGAUGAUGUUGGCCUUUAGUUUCCUUUUUUAAUUUCUUUUGUUUUGUAUAAAAAAUUUAAAUUCUAUUUAAUUAAUGAAUUUAUAGUUUUUUAAAAAAAAUUAUUUGGUUUCAUAUUUAAUUUUAUUUCAAAUAUUUUAAAUUUUAAAAUUAUUGUUUUAUAAAAUUUAUAUAAUUAUUAUAAUUAAUUAAUAUUUUAAAUAUGGAGAUGUAAAUUCGUUGUAAAAUUCUACGUUAAGUCCUCGUAACAUUUACGAGGAAUUUACAUGGAGUCGUUGUAAAGUCCUCGUAAAGUUUACAUCGACUUUACGUGGAAGCCUUACGUGGCUUUUACAACGAACUAUUAUGAGGUAUUUACAUCGCCAUUUACGAGGGCAUUACGACGAAUAGUUUCCUUACGCUUUACGAGGAAUUGACUUCCUCGUAAACGUAACUAGGACUUUACGACGAAACCUCCGUUACGACGAGCGUUUAACAACGAAACGCGUAUCGAUGUUAAUUCAUCGUAAAACCCCUAUUACGACGAAUUUACAACGAAUACCGCCCUCGUAAAAAAUAUGUUUUCUUGUAGUGUCUUGUCAGAAUAAAACCGAACAAAUUAUACCAAAAAUAGAAUAUACAAAAAAGUUUUGUUUGUGUUAUAUACCAAAGAUAAAUCUGUGUAUAAUAUUUAGUAUCUGAUUUCUAGACUAAUUAGAUGACCAAAACAAGUAUUUUGUGCUCAGUUAUGACAUAAAAUAAAAUAUGUUUCCAUUAUUUUUUAAAAGAAAAUUAAACAUAUAAAUAGUCAUACUAAUGUUUCUAAUAGUUUUCAUAUUUUUUAAUUUUUAAAAAAUUUAAUUUACUAUUUUUUCAUUACAUAAGUGUAAACAUGUUCAAAAUAACAAAAAAGAUCAAAAGUUUUAUUGGGACAUACAAAAGUCAAACGUCUCUUAUUUCCAAUUCUCCCGAAAAUAUAUCGGUGGUAAAAAUAGUUGAAUCAAUAAACAAGGAUAGAGCCAAGUCAACAACAUAUAAUCUCAUAUCUAAAUCCCAACAGAGCCCAUUAACCUAAAGCCUAACAGAGCCCAUAUCUAAGUCGUAUAAAAAUCAUUCGAUUUGGGUUUAUGGAGAGAUUUCGUUCACUUUGAGGAAUAAGAGAACAUGGUGGUGCCAUCAAACAAGAAGCUGAAGAAGAAUAUUCGCAGAAGGAGAACAUAUUCUGGCUUCGUUCCAGAAAUAGUGGAGGGUUAUAACAGGGUAUGCAUUGGGAACUUAGCAUGGGACACAACAGAGCGUGACAUACAUGAACUCUUCUCUGGCUGCGUAAUAAACUCGGUGCUGUUAGGCAAAAACAAAGAAACAGGGGAAUUCAAAGGGUGCGCGCAUGUGUAUUUCAAUGAUAUUCUGUCUGUGGCCAUGUCGGCGCUUAAGCUGGAUCAGAUUUUCUGUAAUAGUACUAAUCGUACACCUGGUAAGAUCAAAAGGAGGACUUGUUACGUGUGUAGAGAAAAGGGUCAUCUUGCCACAGCUUGUGGCAAGAAGCUUAAAGAUUCUCAUGAUCAGGCAAACGCUAAGGUGGAUCAAGAGACUGUUAACACAAGUACUGCUAUGCUAAGCUAUGACCUUCAAAAGAACAAUGGUGGUUCUUAUUGCAUGAAUGAGACAUACACUGCUACAAAUGAAGCUCAUAGUGGAAGAUUAGCUUCUGAGGUUAGCUUUGGUGAGACCAAAAGGAGGACCUGUUACGAGUGUAGAGAAAAGGGUCAUCUUGCCAAGGCCUGUCUCAAGAAGCUUCAAAACACUGGUCACACAAACGCAAAGGUGGAUCACCAGACUGUUGAGGCACGACCGAUUCAGGAAACAAACUAUAAUUUUCAAAAGAUAUCAGGAGAUACUGACAACAAUGGCGGUUCUUACAUGGACGAGACAUAUGUUGCUGACCCGGUAUCCGUUGUUGCAACAAAUGGAACUAGUGACGGAAGCUCAGUGUCUGCAGUUAGUUGGCAUUGGUAAGAAUCGUAAGAUCAAAAAGAGAACAUUUUUGAAAUAAUUUUGUCAUCAUCUUAUUUAGCAAAAAAAAUCAUGUUAGACUAAUUUUAAUUAACCCAGGAUAUAAAUAAAUUUUUAUUUGUAUUUUUAGAUUUAGUAUAAAGUUUGGUCCAAAGCUUUUAAUUUGCUAUCUAUACUAUUAUUUGAUAAGUGAUUUCACUUAUUUGCAUAUUCUACGUAUCUAUAUUAUUAUUUGAGAAGUGAUUUCGUUUAUUUGUCAUAUUCUCUAUAAUUUUAGGAUUAAUCAUUAGUCCAAUUCAUUUAUAUUAUAAAAAGUUAUUAUAAUAUAUAUUUAUCUAUCACAAUAUUUAAGAUAAUUAAUUAAUAAACAGAUAUUGACAAAUUCUACCAAUCUAUAUAUACUAUUAUCUAAAAUAUUAUUUAAGUAUAUAUAUCAUGGUAUUUGGGGUUAUUAAUUAAAUAAAUAAAUUAACAAUAGAUAUUAACGAAGCUACUAGUAUAGCCAUGUUUUCUGAUUCUUAUCGGAAAUAUUGAUUCAAAUUCAGAUUAUUACAACAGUAAUAAUAUAACUAGGUUUAUAUUAUAUUUAAUUUAUGAUUUUUAUCGUUAAUAUUAUAGGCAGCUUCUCUGAUUCUUAUUAGAAACAGAUUAUUUCAAUAUUAAAUUUAAUAUUAAAGUUAAAGCAUAAUUAAAAUAUGUGUCGUAGACUAUAAAUUGAAUAAUUAUGAUAAUUAUUUUAUAUAUUUUAAAUAUAAAUAAUCAUAUUCCUAAAUAAAUUAAUUUGUAUUUAUAAAUGACAAACAUCAAUUAGAAAACUCCAAUUAGAGCACCCCAAACAAAAAAAAAGAAGGUCCAAUUAAAGCACUCAAGUCAUAUUUAUUUACUCUAUUUGUAAGUUUAAAAAUACAUUUUUGUUACUAUAUAGUUUUGAAGAUAUUCACCUUCUGCUACAUCCUCACUUUGUAAUGAAGAUAUUUUUAGAGCAAUCUUAUUUGAAAAACUAGUGGAUUGAUGUUCUGAAUUUUAAAAUACCUAACAAUAUAUAAUAUAUCUGAUUUGAUUGUUUUUAGGAUAUUUCAUGAGGACUUUAGAUGGGUUGCUCUUAUAGUCUAUACUAUUAUUUGACAAGUGAAUUUGCUGAUUUGCCAUGCUCUCCAUGAUUUUAGGCUUACUCAUAUUUUAUGUUUUAAUUACUAAUUUUAAUAAAUAAUUUUGAAUGAUUUAGCUGAUAAUUUAUCAUUAUCUUCCAAGUAAUUAAAAAUUCUAACGAAAAUAUCACAGUUAAAUUUAUAUUAUAUUUAUUUUAUUAAUAUUAAAAUAUUAUAUAAUAUAAUAUUUGGUUAGUAAUACUAAACCGACUCUAUUCUAAUAUACAUAUAUAUAUAUAGAAUGAAUCAUAUAUCUUUUAAGACAAUCAAAAUAAUUUUUGAAAAAAUGUUGGCAAAGAA